UUAAUAAAGCGAGAAGAAAAUUUAACUGCAGUUAAGUCUGAAAGACAUAGCAUUCACCAACUAAUGUCUGAAUACAAAGAAAAUAAUACAGCUGGAAAUCCUCAAAAUAGCAAUCCAGAAGGAACAUCAAACAAGAUGGCAUGUUUGGGAGAAGGAGCAGCAGGUGCAAAAGUGGAUGAGAUUCCUGAAAAUCCUGUAAAAAGGCUUUGCAACAAACCAUCUAUUGAUCACUCACAAUCUACGUCAGCUAAUGAAGACUCUGAUUUUGAUACUGAGGAGAACGCAACAAAGCCAGCAAAUGGAAAAAGACAAAAUGGUAUGGGUAUUAUUGAGGGUGCCCCACAAAAGCACACAAAUAAUGAAAAUUUAAUUUCGAUUAAAAAAAUUAGAGGUGGUAAGUUAGUGAAUAUCUCUGAAAAGAGUGUAUAUUAAAUACUUUGAAUAGAAAACCACCAAACUGUAGAUCCAAACAUAAUAUUCACUUCUUUUCAAUCAUUUCUUCUGUCUUUAUACUACCAACUUUUUCUUAAAGCUACUUCAAUUCUUCAAUUCCC